AUGGCGGACGUGGUCUCCCCUAUUGGCAGAGAUCUCAUCAAGCUUGGGAGGAAGUUGAAAAGGCUCCUUCAGCAAAUCCGCAAUGCGAAAAAUGAUCUAUCCAAUGUGAUCAAGAGAACAAGAUCAGUGGCCCGAACGUACGACUUUUUCAAGGACACCAUCAAGGUUGCGGGGGGGAUUCAGGAGCUAGCGCCCAUGUUCAACCGCCAUAAACAGCUGAUUGAGAGUGUUGAUGAGGAAUCAAACCGAACUAUUGAAAGACUGAAGCGUCUCACCGGCAGAUUUCGCUCUCUCAUAGAUGGUAAACCUGUCAAUACAGUUCAAAGAUGGAUCGCACAGUUUGAAUGGUCUAGAGAGAGCAAGAAAACUGUCCCCUCACUUUUCCAAGAUAUGAAGGUACUAGAGAGUUGUUAUCUCAAACCUACCGAAGAGAUGGAUCAGAUGUAG